UUUAUUGCAUUGGAAAAGACUAUAACUAUGCAAUGGAUCCCUUUUGUUCAAUCGAUUAUCUAGCAACAAGGGUUAAUGUUUCUUCUAUUCGGUUGGUAAUAAUAGAACAAUUAUGUUUGUAGGAACAAAGAGAAACAAAUCUAUUCUAUACCCGAUAAGUAGCAAUACGCAAUGGGGAGUUGAUACCAUCUUCUAUCAGUAAAUGCUUUCAUACUUGUUCAUUAUUGGAAGGCUAUAUUGGUAAGAAUUUUUUCUUAAACUAAACCUUUCUAAUCUAUGCAGAAAAUAGAAUUAAUGAGUGAUAUUAUAAAAACAAUAACCUUAAUUAUUACGUUUCCACAUCAAAGUGAAAUAGAGUACUUAAUUAUUUUUUCUUUCAUUUAAUGCCUAUUGGUGUUCCAAAAGUUCCCUUUCGAAGUCCUGGAGAGGAAGAUGCAUCUUGGGUUGACGUAUACAACCGACUUUAUCGAGAAAGAUUACUUUUUUUAGGCCAAGAAGUCGAUAGCGAGAUCUCGAAUCAACUUAUUGGUCUUAUGGUAUAUCUCAGUAUCGAAGAUGAUACCAAGGAUUUAUAUUUGUUUAUAAAUUCUCCUGGCGGAUGGGUAAUACCCGGAGUAGCUAUUUAUGAUACCAUGCAAUUUGUGCGACCAGAUGUACAUACAAUAUGCAUGGGGUUAGCUGCUUCAAUGGGAUCUUUUAUCCUGGUCGGAGGAGAAAUUACUAAACGUUUAGCAUUCCCUCACGCUUGGCGCCAAUGAGUUUUUUAUUUGAAAGAAAAAAGAAAACUAUGCCUUCACCAUAUCAAAUAUUAAUAUUUUAAGUAAUAAUAGCAUGGCACUUUGAAUUCGAUAUGAGAUAUUUUUCUCUAUUUUAUUUUCAAAACCUUCAAUUAUGUAUCGAAAGAGGAGUAUGAGAUGAAGAGUAUUCCCGAUUUCUUUAGGAGUCCAUUUCAGCGUCACAAACUUUUUUUCAUAACAAAAGACUCUAUUUAUGUUUGAACGAGUACAAAAAAAUUUUCUUUCUUAUUUUUGGAAUCAAAAAGAAACUUUGGGAUUGCUUAACUACAGAUGAAAUAAAUAUAUAAAGCAACGGAGCCAUCAUAGUAUUUUUAGCUCCUACGAAAAGAAGGGUGGUAAUUGGAUAAUUUACUGAUCUGGAUCUAAUCAAUUCUAGAUUUUCUCUUUGUUCAACGGAAAAUGAAAGUAAAUUCCAUUCUAUAGCCGUAUGCAAUGCGAAAAAAAUGCCCGUACGGUUGUUCAAUUCUAUCUUUUUUAUUCUUAAUUCCAUAUUUUUUCUAUUCAUCACAUUACACGAGAUAGAAGAACUUUUUUAUGGUAUAUAUCAUCAGGGUAAUGAUUCAUCAACCCGCGAGCUCUUUUUAUGAGGCCCAAACGGGAGAAUUUAUCCUGGAAGCGGAAGAACUUUUGAAAUUGCGUGAAACCCUCACAAGGGUUUAUGUACAAAGAACGGGCAAACCCUUAUGGGUUGUAUCCGAAGAUAUGGAAAGGGAUGUUUUUAUGUCAGCAACAGAAGCCCAAGCUCAUGGAAUUGUUGAUCUUGUAGCGGUCGAAUAAAAGGAAUAAAAAUAGUUUUAAACAUUUGAAAUUUUUUCUUGUUACUCGGUUUACCAUUCUGUGUUUAAUAUUCCAUUAACUAUAAAAAAAAUUCGGUUAGGAUUGAUCUAAACCAGCCCAUUAUGUAUAUGAUUCAGCAUGCCAACUAUUAAACAACUUAUUAGAAACACAAGACAGCCAAUCAGAAAUGUCACGAAAUCCCCCGCUCUUCGGGGAUGCCCUCAACGUCGAGGAACAUGUACUAGGGUGUAUGUGUGACUCGUUCAGAUUAUGAGCUGGAACAAAAAAAAGCAAAUGAAAGGAAAGAAUUUUUCCAGUAUCAAUAAUCAAUACUGGUGAAUGGUAUAAAACUCCAGUCACUAUCUAAAAUGAAAAAAAAAAUAAUACAUUCAUCUAUUGGGUAUGAAAUUUAUGGUUUCUAUUGGUAUAAAUCGGGUUUAAGAUAAGAAAAAAUUUCCCAUUGGUAACGAACGUUAUCCAUUUAGCAGGGAAUCUUAUUUUAAAAGCAAAAUAAUUCGGCUCCGAUUCUUGCAAGAACGGACUAACAGGGUCAGCUAUCCAGCAAACCUUCAAAAUUAAAUACCGUUACUGUAUAGGUGGAUCUCGUUGUGAAAGACCUAUUACUGGAUAAUUCAUGGGUAGAGCCAAAAGGUUUGAACUGUACAAGUUAUCAAUAAGAUUCCGGAAAUGAAGGAAAGGGGCUCCGGUGUAUAGAGAGGACCUCACCGUUUUAAAAGUAACCAUAGAAACGAAGGAAUCCACUAUUUCUUUAAUCAUCUAUAUUUAACUUGAAUUCACAUUUUUUUAUUUACUUUUUUUAUA